UAAUUCAUCAUCAUCAUCAUCAUCGCAGUUGCCAAAAUGUGCGAGGAAUGCGAGUGUUCCACCUGCAUGAAUGACAAGCAGUGCUGCUGGUUCUUUGCAGGAUGGAACAUAGCCACGUCCUUCAUGUGCACGAUACUACUACUUGCAUCUGUGCAAAUUCACAAAUACAAUUCCUGGAUGAAGGAUGGCAGUGCUCAUGGCAGUGAGUUUCUCAUUCUGAAUAGUUGCGAAGCUAAAUUGGCUUUCUGGUCAGUCAUCCUUGCUGCCAGCCUAAUACACCUUAUGUCUGGGAGUCUUCUAGUCAUUGGAUUGUCCAAGUCGACUGGCGAUUUAUUAUUAAAGGAGCGUUUCACAUUCGUUUAAGCUAGUGCUUAUGCCAC